AUGUCAGUCAUUCAAGUGGAAGAUCUGGUCUCGUACCAAUUGCGCACAAACUAUCUGGAUACAAUAUCUGACGGUGUUGGCGAACGUCUGAUUACAAUCAACGAUGCCUUCUUGAACACUGCUGGAUUUAAAGCCGCUGGCUGGCGACCGAAUCCUGCGAACAUCAAACGAACACAUUCCCCACCAAUACCAACAGCGAUAGCAUCGGAAUACUUUCAAGCGCCACUUAGGUCAGCUGGACUGACUUCAAAUGGCCUUGAAGAUGAAACGGAAGAGGGGACAUUGAUCACAGGGGGCGGGGCUGGGGAUACAGUCGGCCCUGGGAUUGCUACGAAGAGACGUCGAAGACGCGAGCAAAUGGAAGAAGAAGACAGUAGUGAUCUCAGUGAUGACAGUGAUGAAGAUGGAGAUCAAAGAGCAGCACAACAGAUAAAGUUCUCGAAGAUGCCAAUUCGCAAUCGCUCUGGUUCUUCUCCACUUCGUGGAUCGAAUCUCCGACAAUCCUCCACUGUAUCUUCUCCCUCUCGAACUCCUGGUGGACAGCCGAGAAGAGGAUCGCAGUCAGCUUUGGAAGCUGUCAAGGAACGUGCAAGAAGAGAUACGGUUACGAGCAGUGAGAUGUCAUCAGAGAACGAAUUCGACGCAUCUGCCUUUCAACGGCAGAGGGAGGCAACCAGGAACGCUACGAAAGCCAGCAAGGCCUUGCUCCGACACACUUCAGACCCCAAUGUUGGCGUAAAAAGGCAACAGAGUGAUCUUCUCGAGGAGGAGGACUCGGAUGGAUCUGAUAUGGAUUCGGAUUUUGCUGGUAGUAUCGACUCAGCUUCUCUUCUGGACGAUGUGGAUGGCUCGAUGAAUGGAUCUCCAACCCAUGUGGUGGGAAAGAUACCUCGAGAGCUGACACGGCCCCCUACUAAAACAACGAAACCUGCCCCUCCGCUGCUGGAGGCACUUCCACCCCCGCGUCCUAUCAGUAUGAUCCAGCCGAAGAGUCUUUUGUCUGCAGCCAUCAAGGCUAAGCGGACGAAAGCUGCUCAGCCAUUUGAAUCGUUCGCGUCAUUGUCCGGCCAAGGUGAUCCAAAUCCCUUGAAUCUACGGAUAUGGGCGCCAUUUGCAACGUCAACUACCAAGCCUUAUGAAGUUCUCAUACGGAGAAGUGUGCACGAAAAUGAGGCAAACGAUCGACCCACCACUGUUGCGGACCUCAUUGGACUCAGUCUGUGGAGAUAUGCGGAAGAGAAACUCGAACCUGCUAUCCCACCAGAGAAGCUUAAUGUCAACAGGUGGACUCUUCGAAUGGUAGAGGAUGAGGAGGUUGAUUACGAUUUCCCAGCGCUUGAGCGGAACAAGCCAAUUAUCUCCUUCACAACAGCCAAUAACCGUGCUGCAAGAUCGCGAUCAAACUCCAAACCCUACGACGAGUUUGCUCUGGUUGAAGCAACGGAAGAGCAGUUUCAACAGAAUCAAAGCAUCACUCCUCAAUUCAAGCAAGAGUCUGUUGCAACAGCAAGCAUGGACGAUGACCUGACACCAAAGAAUACCCCCAUGCCUGCCCCGUCGUAUCUUGGGACCCAAGUUCGUCAAAAUCUUCUUCUGACUACAAUGUCUGCUCUUCGGCAAAAUUCAACCUUAGCAGAUGCUCCUGCGAUUGGAGCGGUGCCAACGCAGUCUACGACGAGGAAUGCUGUUAAAAAGCUUCUUAGAAUUCACAUCCACUCAGCAGAUGCAGCUCCAGGACAGAUGAUCACCUUGGAUGUAACAACGGACACAUAUUUGGCAGACGUCCUUGAUAUUGUCUGUAAAAAGAGGCAGCUUGACAAAGCUAACCAUGUGCUCAAAUUGACAGGAUCAGGCACUGUGGUUUUGUUGGACCGCCCUGUGGAAUCCAUGGGGAAUCGCACAGACUUGGACCUGUAUCGUCGCAGAUUUGCAACCGAUGGACCUCUAACAAUGACGGGUUCUCCCAGCAGUAGUUCCCCAAAGAUGCCAUUAAUGGCGGAACGCCCUGAGGCCCGAAAGAUUAGAAAACCGCCAAUGAUGGGAACCCAUCCACUGGCCCAGGAAUCGAUUAAGCAAGAUGAGCUAGGAAGUGCCAACUACAGAAAAUACACUGUAUGGCGGAAGCAACCCAUGAGAUUCGUUGGUAUGAACGAAAGAGUACUGGCCAUUGACGGCGAGUAUCUGCAUAUUAUGCCAGCAUCGACAGGCAAGACCAUGUUUGAAGGGCAAGGCAAAACAACCACAGUCCACUUCAGCAAUGUCGUUGGCUGCAAAGUCACUCGGAGGCACCCCACAAACUUCAAGAUCGUGAUAUACAAGGCGACAGAGACCAAGAGGUACGAUUUUGAAGCCAAAAGCGCCGACGAGGCGGCUGAGAUUGUCUUUGAGAUCAAAAAAGGUAUCUCACCAUAUCAUAACAUCUAG